AUGUCUUUUGAUUUGUGUCAUAAAUUCUGGGUUGCGACCCGAAAGGAUCUUAACCAACUUAUAAAGAGGCAGAAUCGACUGAAAAAAAUAGAACCGCCAGAGGAUUCGGCAUUAUCAUUCAAAAUAUUCUCCGAGCUGUAUGUCUUGUAUGUGGAACUUGUGAACAAAUUAAGCUUCAUCUACCACCACACGUUCCAAGUGCAGAAACGUGCCGUGGUCCGCGUAUUGGUUGAAAGCGCCACCCAGCAGCUGAUGAAGCUCAAGGAGGAGCUGAAGAACAUGGAGUUGAGCGAGUACGUCUAUAUAGAUCAGGCCUUGAUUGCGCGAAAACUUACCCCGCGGGAUUUGGUAAUAUGGAGAUCUCCGCAAUUUCUCUACCGACGUCCUCUCGAUGCUCAGAACAUAUUAACGGACAAUAAACUGUACAUGAACGACGAAGAAAAGGAGGAAAAGGCAGCCAAGGAAUGGGAAAAGGUUACGGAAGCGGUAACGCUUAUACAGGCUCACGAAAGAGCACGAAGAGCAAGGGUUUACAUGUCCAACAUAUUGUACGACAAAAAGAAAUAUCUCAAGGUCUACCAACGCAAGAAGAUCAGCUACAGUUUUACCUUCAAGCCGGAUCAAGCCAUGAGUAUUCCAGUAAAACGAACCAUCUUCAAUGCGGACUUCCUCAAACCCGAUGCGGCCUGCGAUGAUCUCAGGAACAGAGAUGACAAUAUAGAGCCACCUAUAGACGAGGAGGAAGUGAAACGUAUGAAUAAGAUAAGGAAUGAUGCUGCAUCCAAAAUUCAAUCAUGGUGGCGCACAUACAAAACUAGAAAAAUAUUUAAAAUUAAAAGGAAGUUUAAGGAAGAGCUCUAUGGCAUGAAAAAAACUAGGAGGGUUGUGCGACCAAAUUUGUUUGCCAAUUCAGUUCUCGAAAUGUACAAAAACGAGAUGCUGAAGAAAAAGCUGGAUGAAGACUUUGAGAAACUAAUCGCCGACGAAAGAGUACGUCUGCUGCAGAUGCGGACACCAUGGAUGAUGGAGGACAUAUCCGAUCAUAUUCGUGCCUGGUUUCGCGAAUUCUAUGAUAAGACUGGAAAUUUUCAUCCUUAUCCCGAUCCGGUCAAAACAGGAACCGUUUUAGUGGUCAUAGACGAGACCAUGACCCCUUUGGAAUUUCAGGACACGCUGAACAAAAAGCCAAUGACCAAAGAGGAGAAGAAAAAAUUGGCGGAGAAAAGGAAGGCAGAGAAAAAGAAACUAAAGGAAAAGCUAAAGAAACAGAAAAUGAAAGAAGCGAAGCGUAGAAAAAAAUUAAAGGAUGCCGGAAUUAUCGAUGUCGGCUAUGAAUUGUCAUCAAGCAAAGCAAUAGAAAAAAUUGAAACUACCAUGAAGGCAUUCGGUAUUGAUUGGAGAAAUAUUGACGAGUACCUCAACAAGAAUCACGAUCCCAUAAAAGAUUGGGUUACCCAGGAAGAGCUGGCAAAAAUACAUCAGGAGCUGAGAGGAUUGGUUGACGAGUACAUGCGGGUGGAGUAUGAGUUGCUCCGAAAAGCAUUAGCAAAAGAUACCAAGACCAAAUACAAGGCUCAAAAGGUGCGCAAAGCCAAACCGAAGAAGGAAAAGAAAAAGAAGGUUCCUAAGGACAUGACUGCAGACCGGACGCUCGAUUCGCUAUAUGAAGAGCUCAAGUCGGAAGGCAUUAUUGAGGAAGUUUCCCACAGGGACUUUGACGAAUUCAUUGCCGACUUCAACUUCGUGGCAGACGACACUAGAGACGAGGACAGAUUAACAACUGUGGGUCCUGCCAAGGGAGACAUCAAAAUGAUCAUCCAGGACUGUAUGCUGGGAAUGGGAGAGUUCGCAAUUCCAAAGCCAAAGUCGAUUUUGCUGAUUGGCCCGCUCAACAGUGGAAAGAAGCUGCUGAGCAACAUUAUUGCCUCUGAACUAGAUGCUGUGUUUUUCAACCUCAGCCCAGAGAAGACAUUUAAGUACGCUGAUGAUAUGAAAUAUUUUUUGCACGUCGUCAUGAAAGUGGCGAGGGCCUUCCAACCCUCUAUUCUAUAUGUUGAGGAGGCGCAUCGUCUCUAUUGGAAGAAGAUACCGCCCGAUCAAGUGGAAAUAAAUCCAAGGUUGCUCGGACCUUCUAUUGCAAAGAAAAUUCUAAAGCCAAUCAAAAAAGACGACAAGAUCAUAUUGCUUGGAACCAGCAGUAUGCCUUGGUCUGCAAAGGGAAAGCUCAAAAGAGCCUUUCAGAAAGUAGUCCUUAUUCCGAAGUGCGACUACGGUACAAGCUUCUUGCUCUGGCUGGAGCUUAUGACAGAAAAUGCCGCAGACGACAUGGAGGACUACACGUAUUCUGCGUUGGCCAAGGUUUUGCAAGCCUACAAUUCUGGGGAUAUUACGUCGAACGUUGCUGAAACACUGGACAUUGAAAGGAGAAGGCGCUUGAAAAACGAUCCACUCGAUCCGCAUGAGUUCUUAGAGUGUUUCUUGAGCAAAACAGACACUCCAAUAUUUCCGCCAGAUGCUAAGCUGAUGGAGAAAUUCAACAAAUGGUUCGGAAAAUCAAAUAAAUUUCAAAAAAUGCGACGCAAGUUUAUGGCCAAGAAAAUGGCGAAGGAUAAGAAGAAGAAGUAAAGCAGAUAUUCAUUUUCUUGAUACUCCCACUUAUGUGCCAUCUAUGUAAGUAUGAUCCAUGGAAAUUUAGUUCGAAAAAGAAUUUAUGCUGACAACUCAAUGUAUGGGAAUAUUUUUAUAAUAUAAAUAUAUUUAAUGCAUUUGAGAAA